CAAGAACCCGGAUAACCUGUCCUCUUUUCCAACUUCCGGCAAAAUGGCGCCGAAAAAAGAAAAAUCGCCACACAAGCCCAGGAAUUAUGUUUUGGGUGGAAGUGGCGUUAUGCGCUUCUCACAAGCUCGCAUGUACCAGAAACGCGCUGUCUACAAGAAGAAAAAGCCCAAGGCAGCAAAAACAAAGAAGGAAACUUUAACCCGCUUUGUCAAGAAGGACAUCGGUGGAGAUAAGAAUGGAGGGUUCCGUAUGGUCAGAGUGAGCAAGCUGCCAAAGUCCUAUCCAACUCAAGAGGCAUCUAGAAACUUGAAGACUCGCAAAGUACCCUUCAAAGCCCACAACAGGAAACUUAGGCCAUCUCUUACCCCUGGAACAAUCCUUAUCAUGGUUGCAGGGAGACACAGAGGAAAGAGAGUUGUUUUCUUGAAGCAGCUCGCAUCUGGUCUUCUACUGGUCACUGGCCCAUACCAUCUUAAUGGAUGCCCAUUGAGACGUAUCAACCAGCAAUAUGUGAUUGCCACCAAGACUAAGCUUGACGUCAGUGGAGUAAAGCUCCCAGAGCGUGUCAAUGAUGACUACUUCAAGCGUACAAAGCUAAGGAAGCCCAAACACACAGAAGGAGAAAUCUUCGACACUAAAAAAGAGGUCUACAAAGUCAGUGAUGAACGCAAAGCAGACCAAGUCGAUGUUGACAAACAGGUCCUAGAUGCCAUUCGUAAAAACUCAGAAAAGAAAUAUCUUUUCGGUUAUCUUGGCGCGAUGUUCUCCCUUGAAGGCAAAAAUUAUCCACACAAUAUGGUGUUUUAAGGACUGAUAAUACCAUAGAAUUUACUGUAACUUAUAUGUGGAAUAAAGUGUGCU